ACCAGUUGCGCUACAACCCAGUCCCAACCAGCUGCGCCACAACACUGUGCCACUGGCCCAAGUCUCCAGGUGUGAAACUAUAUUCACUCCACUGUGUUGGUGCACUAAUGCCCUGUGAAACUACAACUCCCAGGAUUCCAUAGUACUGAGUCAUGGCAGUUCAAGUAGUGCCAGCUUAGAUGCACAGAUUGCUUAUAAAAAUGACUUUUCUGGGACUUCUUCCAACCAUAAGUUUUCAUUCAUUUGGGAUGCUGCUGCCACAAUGGAGCUUUCCAACUUGGGAUCUUUGGCAAGCCAUCCUGCAAAUGCUCCUCUGCUUUGAAUCCUUCAGGGUUAAAACAAAGAAGAUCUCAUAUUCCUAGAGCAGAUAGGAAGAGAGAGAGAGAUUGGUGUCCUAUUUGCUCCUCCUUCUCCAGGAAAAUGCAAAGCUCCCUUUGCUUUGCAGCUGGCUGGACAGAAGGAGCUGACAGAUAGUGAAAUGGCCCAGUGUAGAUGUCGAAGGCCAUUGGCUCUUCGCUCCGGAGUAGAAACAGCUGUCAAAUGGCCAGCGCAGAACCCAGUGACCUUUGAGGACGUGGCUGUGUAUUUCACAGAUGAGGAAUGGGUCCUGCUGGGUCCCAGCCAAAAAACGCUUUAUAGGAAUGCGAUGUUCGAGAAUUACGAGACAGUGACUUCUCUGGAGCGACUGCUGAGCUUCAAGCCGGUUCUCAUCUCCUGGCUGGAAGAAGACAGAGACCAAGAAUGGCUUCUCCAGAGCUCAGCGGAAGAAGAGAGGUUUACAGGUGAUGCGUUGGCGAAUAACAUCAAAUGGGAGGAUUAUUUUCAUUUGGAAGAGGCCUUAUUGGAAGAAGAAGAGGUGGAAGAGGAAAAGGACGAAAUCGAUGUCCUUCUACAGAAACACCAAGAGAAUAUUUCUCCCCAGAAUGAUUGCAAUGAGAUGGAAGAAGGCGGUUCUGAACUCCUUAAAGACCAUUCCUGCAACCUGCAAAGCCUCUCCUUGCUCAAGAUGGAGCCACACUCGCUUCUCCUCCUGCUGAAGGCCUACCUCCAUGCUCUGCUCUCCGUGCUCCGUUCCAUGCUUAGCCUCUGCAACGCCUAUUGGUUGAGCAUCAGCCGGCAGCAGAGACGGAGGAAACACAUCUCACUGGCUUUCCAGGAACACUUUUUGCGCAUUCACGCGGUGAGCCACGUGCUGCGUCGGAGGCGGACUAGAAACAGAGCGGCCCUGGUGGCACUGCUGGAUAACCAGCCUCUGCCACGACGCUGGUGGGUCUCCCCCUCCACCAAUCCCAACUGGUGGGAGGUCUUUGUGCGCGAAACCUACGACGAUGCCAAGUGGAUUGAGCAUUUCCGCAUGAGUCGGAGUACCCUCUUUGAAAUCGCCGAGGUGCUGCGGCCCAAGCUGGAAAGACAGCGGACCAUCAUGAGAGAGGCCAUCACCGUGGAGAAGCGCGUGGCAAUUGCGGUGUGGUACCUUUCGAAUCAGGAACGCUACCGGGAGGCCGCCAUUCAGUUUGGAAUCGGGAGGACUACCGUGGGAGAGAUCGUUCUGGAGGUUUGCUUUGCCAUCGAGCUGCUCCUCGUUCCCCACAUGAUCUACCUGAGGGAUCACCAAAAGAUUAUGGAGGGUUUCCGUAGCAUGGGCUUCCCUCAUUGCAUUGGCGCCAUGGGCAGGAUCCUUGUGCCGAUUGUUGUUUUUACGAGCCAUGCAGACAAGCCCGUCAGUCGCAUGAAACUCCACACCUUCCUUCUCCAAGGAACCACAGACCACACUGGACGAUUCAUUAACGUUGAAGUGAAGAGGAACAGGAAGAAUGUCUUCCGCAACUCUGCAAUAUGCCAGGCCAUGGAUAAGGGCGCUUUUGUCCCUGGUCACCCAACAAUCACUAUGGGGGACGUACAGAUCCCGCCAUUGAUCUUAGCCGACGGCUCGUAUCCUCUGCGGAAAUGGCUGAUGACCCCUUACGAGGACCAGACUGACCGGAAGCAGAGUGCCUACAAUGCUACUUUCCGCGUCUGCCACGAUGUCGUAGAACAGGCCAUGUGCAGGUUGAGAAGACGGUGGCAGUGCCUCACUGGGAGGCUCCCGGUGUCGUUGGAGAACGCCGAAGUGAUGAUCACCGCCUGCGUCGCACUCCACAACAUUUGUGAGAGCAAAGGACAUGCGCUGCAGGAAGGACUUAUCAUUCCCUACAACGUCUUCUCACCCGAGAUGGAGCCCUAUCCGGACAACAAGAGGGACAAGGAAGAGGGAGAGGCGGUGCGCAACGCCAUCGCAGAUUUCCUGGCUGAUCAAAGCAGCAGUUGAUUUGGGGAGAUAACGGGAAUAUACAUUGGUUGGCUGGCUGGCUGCGAUUCUUAACAUAAUUCUUAUUUGUGUGUAUAUAUAGGUGGGUUUUUUCCAUUAAAACUUUGGGAUGAAA